AUGAUGUACGACGACAUUGCACAUAACAAGCUGUUAGUUUCAAGAAAUCCAUAUCCUGGAAAACUUUUCAAUAGGCCCCAUGGUGAUGAUCUUUACCAAGGAUUGAAAAUUGAUUACAGGAAAUCAUCAGUCAACCAUGAAAAUUUUCUAAACAUCCUUAAGGGAAAUGCUACCGGAGUGAAAGGUGGAAAUGGACGCGUCAUUGAAAGUAAUCCGAACGACCGCAUCUUCGUCUAUUUCACUGAUCACGGUGCUGUUGGUGUAAUAGCGUUCCCGGAAGGAAUGCUAACUGCAAAGCAACUUAAUACGGCGUUAAACUGGAUGCAUGAAAAUGACCGCUACAAUCAGCUGGUGUUUUAUUUGGAAUCGUGCGAGAGCGGCUCAAUGUUUGAGAAAGUGCUGAAGAGUACCAUUAAUGAACAAUAUGAACGCGUGAAACGUCUAACAAACUUGUCACAUGUGAUGCACUUCGGUAAUCUUCUCAUCGCUGAGGAGCCUGUUGGCUGGUUUCAAGGGCAGCGUAAAACACAUCAGAAGGAGACUACUGAUGAGGAAUUGCAUGCGGUGUUUUCAUGGCCUUCACGAGACGUCGAGCUUAUGUAUCUUCAUCAACUCAAGGACGAAAUUGACGACAUUUUUGUCGCCAAAGAGCUACGUCGAGAAAUACGUAAAAUACAUCAGGUGCACUAA